AUGCAUAGAAUCCUUGAUGGGGUGGAGUUUGAUGAAGGUUAUUUAGACCAAUACCAACAAGUGACAGAGCAAAUGCGAAGAGUGGGGGAAGAAAGGUGUGACUUCUCAUUGGAAGGACAAAAAGACGCUGCAGGAAGGGACAAGAAGACGAAAGUUAUUGGACAAGUAGUGACAGUUAAGAGCAAAGAUGAAAGGAUACUAAAGGAUGAGGAGAAUAUCAAGAACAGAUGGAAGUCAUAUUUCGAGGAGCUUUACAAUGAAGAAAAUGAGAGGGUACAGAACACGGCACCAGUGCAAGGCCCCUUUCGAGAGAUAACAUCACAGGAAGUGAAAGGUGCAUUGAAGAGAAUGAAGAAGAACAAGGCUUGUGGCCCAGAUGGGUUUCCAGUGGAGGUUUGGAAGGUGCUGGGAGAUGUGUUAUGGGAAAGAAAAAUAGACAGUAGGUUAAGAGACCUGAUUACACCAAGAGAGUCACACCUUGGAUUCCUACCAGGAAAAGGAACAACAGAUGCCAUAUUCAUGCUGAAGAAGUAUAGAGAAGGCAGGGAAAAUUUCCACUUAGUCUUUAUAGACUUAGGAAAAGCUUACAACAGGGUUCCACGUGAUGAGAUUUGGAGGAGCCUCAGACUGAAAGGAGUGCCAGAAUAUAAUGUUAAGAGCAUCAAGGACAUGUACCAAAAUUCCACCACAACGGUAAGGUCUGCAGCUGGAGAAACAGACCCCUUCGAGGUCUGA